UUUACCAUUCACAAGCUUUUUAUUACUCAAGCAAUUAUGUAAAUGAAGAUACUUCAGAAGACAAUUAUGACGAAAAUUUUAUUCCUGAACGCACUUCAAGAAAUAAGCGUUCGACUUUAUCAGUUGCUGCUUUUCCUCUGGAAUCCAGUAACGCUGGAAGAGUACCCAAAUCUCACAUAAUUCGAGAACACAUCUCACCUAGUCUGGCAUUAGACAAGGGCAAUAUUUCAGACUUUAUGGAAUAUCCUCUAGACGUUUACCACAUCAACAACCAGUCCAAGUUCAGGACCAAACUAUUUUAUUACGAGGAUACUGCGGAAAUUCAGUAUGAACUCAAUAUCGGGAUUGAUAUUGCAUGGAAGAUUUGGGCAACAGUAGCUGGGUAUUGCAGCACCCAUUACAUGACCCGACAAUCAGAAACUUUCACCCGUUUCUACACUCAGUAUUUCCAGGAUUUUUUGCAACCCGUGACAGAGGACUGGAUUUCACCCGAGGACAAUGAAGUGCUGAGGGUUAUACUCAGCGACUACAAUUCAGAUGUUGGAAUGCGUUGGCUCGACACUUGUUUGGAGGGCAGCUAUAUAGAUUCAAACACCCCCACAUUCAGGCCCCCAAGGCCGCUUUUGGUAAAAGGAGACAAGACGCAGCUGGAAAAGGCCAACUCGUUCCUGGACACACCCACAUGGCUAAAAUCUAACGUGCUGAAUGAUAGCCAAAUUCUACUUCGGACCAAUAGUCAAAAUUUAUGAGUCAUAUAAAUAACAAGACAUAUGUAAUUGUUUUAGCGUACGUUAUCGUAUAUACGUGUCGAUUCGAACGUAUAAAAUUAUACUCAUUCAAAUUAUGGAUUGAUGAUUUUAAUUGAUUAAGUAAAUCAGAAAUAUAA